GACAUUAACUUGCCUUACCUCACGAUGGACGCCUCCGGGCCGAAACACUUGAACAUGAAGCUGACCCGCUCUCAGUUUGAGGGGAUCGUGGCCGAUCUGAUUAAGAGGACCAUCGCCCCCUGCCAGAAGGCGAUGCAGGAUGCUGAAGUCAGCAAGAGCGACAUCGGGGAAGUCAUCUUGGUCGGCGGCAUGACCAGAAUGCCCAAGGUGCAGCAGACUGUGCAGGACAUGUUUGGCCGUGCCCCUAGCAAAGCGGUGAAUCCAGACGAGGCCGUCGCCAUCGGGGCUGCCAUCCAAGGAGGCGUGUUGGCUGGCGAUGUGACCGAUGUACUGUUGCUGGACGUGUUUUUUUCCCUUGGAAUUGAGACCCUGGGAGGAGUCUUCACUAAGCUCAUCAACAGGAAUACCACUAUUCCCACCAAGAAGAGCCAGGUAUUUUCUACAGCCGCUGAUGGGCAGACCCAAGUGGAGAUCAAAGUCCACCAGGGCGAGAGAGAGAUGGCCGGGGACAACAAGCUGCUGGGCCAGUUUACACUGGUUGGGAUUCCCCCAGCUCCACGGGGUGUUCCUCAGAUCGAGGUGACUUUCGACAUUGACGCUAAUGGGAUCGUUCAUGUUUCUGCAAAAGAUAAAGGCACAGGGCGCGAACAGCAAAUUGUGAUCCAGUCUUCCGGUGGCCUUAGCAAAGACGAUAUUGAAAAUAUGGUGAAAAACGCUGAGAGGUAUGCAGAGGAAGACAGGCGAAGAAAGGAACGCGUUGAAGCUGUAAACAUGGCAGAAGGAAUCAUCCAUGAUACAGAAUCGAAGAUGGAAGAAUUCAAAGAUCAGCUCCCUGCUGACGAGUGCACCAAGCUGCGGGAAGAAAUUGCGAAAAUGCGUGAGCUGCUGGCUCGUAAAGACAGCGAAACAGGCGAGAACAUCCGGCAGGCGGCAUCCACUCUGCAGCAGGCGUCCCUGAAGCUUUUUGAAAUGGCCUACAAGAAGAUGGCAUCAGAGCGGGAAAGUUCUGGAGGUUCUGGAAGCUCCGGAGACCAGAAGGAUCAGAAGGAAGAAAAGCAAUAACUUGGCCUGGCGCAUAGACUGGAGCAGGAAGAAGGGGCAAAAGUGUUUUGAAGCUUGGGAGCCAGAGAACCUUCCUGAGCAGCUGCGGGCAGAUUUAUGUCUUUACUGUGUUUUUGCAGUAUCCUAUGAGAAUUUUCCUAAAUGUGUAUACAUUAGUGACGUGUCUAUUAGUGAAAUCAUCACCUGAUUUAAAAGAGAAAAGUAAUGCAGGCACGGGUGUGUGUGUCCCGUCCGUCCCCCCCCCCCGAGGGCCAAUGACCUUUUGGGGAGCAUCCAGAGGAUUCCAGUAACUCUUUAUUUCGGGAGGCUUGAGGAAACCAUGUCGUACCUUCAGGGUAGGGCUUUGGGAUUCCUGGAUUUUUCCAAGUUCCACCCUGAAUGGGUGGAUCCUCUGUUUUGGGAACAGAUUUCUGUUUUUUCCAGUGGGAAGGGAUAGCGGUGGGGCCUGGAUUCAGCAGUGGCAGGUUGAUGUACGCAGCACCUCCAGUCUACAGCUAGUUUAGUUACCCCUUGCGUUCGAGGAAGUGGAUCGCUUUCAGGGAGCCGUGGUUUGUAAACGAGGCCACUCUGAAGUUCCAUUUACCGCUUCUCUGAGCUUCCCUGCUCUAGCUGAUGUCUCAUCUCUUCUUACAGGAAAAACCAGCUUCCCAAUGAAUAAAACCAUUCUUAUUGGAUCUGUGUUUUUAAGUAUUUCUCUCCCCCACCCACCCCAUGCCCCCAACUUCAUGGCGUAGCUGACCGGAGCUGCGAUGGCACAUAACUGGAGGCCUCGAGCCGAGGUCAUGCGUCAGAGGAUCUCUUUACAGCGGCAUGCUUAGCAUUUCCCCUCCUCCUGCUCAGGGUAUCACUUAAUGCAGGAAGCUCCAGAGCAAGCUAGGAGGAGCUUCCUGUCCCAGAACUUCGACCGUCAAACUCUUGAUGCCUUUCCCAGGUGUGAUCCAGAAGUCAUCUGAAACGUUGCUAAACAGAGGCAGCCUCCCCUGUAGAAUCGCUCCUGGGUAAUCUGCAGAAGCCAUGAUCACCCAAGCGUAUUAAGUAAGCUGAAUAAUGAUUCUGUAGAAGGUAGGUUCUGAGGGGAGCCACGUCAAGUCUAUUGUAGAAGAGUUAGAUCUGAGUCCCGU